AUGGAGGACCACAUCCGUCAGAGCAUUUCCAACCACCCCACUCCCUUCCAGCACUUGUCCAGCAGCUCACCUCACCCAUCGCAUCGCUCCGAGAGAAUGACGCCCCGCUCCUUCGACGCAGCUACCUCCACGGGCGUGGAGACUGAGGACCCGAACAUGUCCCAGCAGCAACACCGUCAUACCAAUGCCGACGAAGAGGGCAAGCCUCCACCUCGCUACACCCCCGAGACCGACCCCUUCCACCUCGCAUCGAAGCUCAAGACCGAAGAGGAGAUCCGCCAGAUCAAAGCCAACACCGGGCGCAAGCGCGAUGCCAACGCCAACGCCAACGCCAACGGUCCCCGGGUGAUGGAGAUGGUGCGCGACACCGGCGCCAAGGGCAAACAGGCUCUCAUCACUCGCAAACUGCAGGGCUUCUACGAGACGCAGAACGAGAAUAUCGAGCGCAUGCUCAAGCCCGUCGAGGAACACGUCCGGGCCGCGCGGGAACUCAAUUCCGAGAAUAGUCUCAAGUACAAGAUUGCCGUGUACGCCAGUUUCGCAGCCAACAUCAUCCUGUGUGUCGUGCAGGUGUACGGUGCGGCCUCUUCCGGCUCGCUGUCGCUGUUCACUACCAUGGCCGACGCCAUCUUCGACCCUAUGUCCAAUUUGACCUUGCUGCUGUGCAACAAGGCUGUGAACCGCGUCGACCCGCGCAAGUUCCCCGCCGGCAAGGCUCGUAUCGAGACUGCUGGUAACAUCUGCUUCUGCUUUUUGAUGACGGCUGUUUCGUUUAUUAUUAUUGCCUUCUCGAUCCGCGAGCUCGUCGCUGGCUCGGACACUCUCCUCGCUCCCUUCCAUCUGCCUUCUAUCAUUGCGGUGGCUGUCGCCUUUGUCACGAAGCUCGGUCUGUUCGUGUACUGCUUCGCGCUGCGCAACCAGGUCUCGCAGAUUCGCAUUCUUUGGGAGGACCACCGCAAUGACCUGCUCAUCAACGGAUUCGGUCUGUUGACCUCCGUUCUUGGUUCCAAGAUCCGUUGGUGGAUUGAUCCAAUGGGCGCUAUUCUGCUGUCCAUCCUGGUCAGUGGUCUUUGGCUGCACUCUGCCUAUGGCGAGUUCCAGCUGCUUGUCGGUGUGACUGCCGAUAACAAGAUGCAGCAGCUCAUCACUUAUAUCUCUAUGACCCACUCCCCCCUCAUCACUGCCAUCGACACCGUCCGUGCAUACACCUCCGGCCCUCGUUUGCUGGUCGAAGUCGACAUUGUCAUGGAGGACUCUGCUUCCCUUCGCGCCACUCACGAUGUUGCCGAGGAGCUGCAGAUGAAACUCGAGUCUCUUCCGGAUGUGGAGCGUGCCUACGUGCACGUUGACUACGAGACCACCCACAAGCCCGAGCACUUCCUGAAGAAGGAGCUGUAA